GACUCCAGCUUUGCAGCAUGCCAUGACCUAAAAUGAUCUAACUACGUACCGCCAUGCGAGCUCGUGCGGCUCUCCUAUGCCUUUGUGCCCUUGGGGCCUAUAUCCUUUGGACCUCUUCCACAGACCAACUCGUGCAGAGCCUUCCCAGCGAAUCUCGCCCUUGGUUGGAUACGUCUCCAGAUCCACUCACUCCACUCACUCCAACGCUGCCAACGCACCCGGACCAACCAGCCACGGCUCCGGAGGCACCGGUGGAGCCAACCCAACCCGCAAGCGCCGUGGACGUCGUGCCUAGCCACCGGCCGCCGCAACCGUCGUCGCCUCGGCCGCGGAAGACCCACAAUGCGUCGGCGUGCAUUGGACCGACGGUGCCUCCGGCUCUACCACCCAAGGAGGCUGAGGCGCUGAAGGCGGAAAUCUGGAGGACGACGAAAGCGUGGGGAUACCAUGAGCUGGCACAGAACUAUCGACCUUUCAAAGGGAUGGAUGUCUUAGAUAUUGGCAUGGGACAAGGGCCUAUGGGUGUCGUGGCGAUUUCCGUGGGCGUGAAGUCCUACAAAGGAAUGGAUCCAGCCUUGUGCAUCAACCAGCGUGCACGGACACGUGAUAAGACGGUAGGCCGAGCGCCGAAUGAAGGCGAAUGUUUGUUGAUUCGAGACUCAGCGGAAUGCAAGAAGGAGGGCGAGACCUGCGAGAAGUUUCGGUCCUGUAUGGAUCUUUGGCGCAAGAAGUAUCAUACCUUUCCCUACACUGGUUUGGAGAUCAUGCAAGCUUAUGCAGGGCGGAUUGUUCUGCUGCCGGGGACCUUUGCAAGUUUGCAACCUAGUGGAUUGAUCAAGCACGGCAGCUUUCAAGUGGCCACCAUGUGGUUAGUCACGGAACACUUGCCCAACAAUCGGGAUGUGAUUGAAGGGAUUUUCGAGUGGACCACACCUGGGCAGCUCUUAGUCUUGAAGCAUCACAACUACUAUGGCUUUGAUGGACAUCAUCAGAAGCCGCGCUAUCCCGAGAAGUACGAUCCGACGAACCCCUCGGAGACCAGCGUCGCCUUUUGGAGGCACUUGAAUCCCACGAGUUGGGUUUUCAACUCCACGAACACCAACCGCGUCCGCCUGGGGGAUUUGAUCGCCUUGAUCGACGUGUACUUCGACUGCGCCUGGCGAGCGACCUUCGAGUCCAAGUGGAGCCCCGCGUUGGACGCCAAGCUUUGGGAGAAAUUGAAGAACAGAGGCUUCGCACGAAAUGAACUGCUGAUCAACAAGUGGAGUGCAGCUUGUGCUCGACGUGAAGCGCCCUUGCCGGCCACGUGGUUGGAGUCCAGAGUAUGGCUGCUCCCCGCCACAGAUGGUUCCUAUGAACCCAUGCCGCUUCCGGAUCAGCUGAUGUCCAAGCAUCGUGGAAACACGGUGACGCGGAUUCCAGCGAAGCAGAAGCACCUGGAGCAAUACUUGGCACCUUAAGAGGGUGGUGAGGUCCAUGUCAGUUGGCUGCCGAGCGUGGCCUUUUUGGUCGCUGUGGAGACAGUGGUUGAUGAUGAAGAAAUUCAGAGAGGUGGGACCUGCCAAGUAAAUGUAGCAAUUGCCAAAUUAAGAGCUGCAAUCGAAAUUACGCAGAGUGGGUCUUGGGUCUUUGAAUGUCCCAAGCUGCGUGGCUGGAGCACGCCCAGACAGUGGGUGUGUCGAACCAACGACGUUCAGAUCAGAGCUCCAUUGCGGAGCUUCUCAUCUGCCCCACUGCUACCGCACAGCACCAGAAAUGCGUCGCCAAGCAACUUCUACAGCGAAUGCUACACCAGAACUUCGUCGAGAACGCUUUGGUCGCUCCAAAUUUGAUGGCGUGAAACACAUCGUUUCACAUGGGCCUUUCAUCGACCGUGCCACGAGUUUUGAU